AUGGCAGCGCUCUCUCAGGAAUCUCCCAUGGCGCCAACAGUCUCUCAAAUCGAUGACAUUAUCACCUGGGAGCAAUUUGAGAAUGCUUUCGAGCGACUUUCGAUAAAGGAUCACUGCGGAUCAGGGGGAAGCGGUGCCUCGAGCCCGUCUAAUCCAACACUCAUCCCCCAAUCGGAGGCUCGAAAUGGACCCCGGUCUUACCAUAUCGAGGAUGUGGCACACGACGCCAAUAAGCCUGAACUUCGUGGACGCGCAUGUUCCAUGCCACCGCCAACGAUUAGAGUCACUCCGCCUACAGACCCUUGUGAAGAUGAGUGCUUGUCGAGCUGA